AGUACUAAUAAACAAUUUUAAGUAUGUCUGCAGUAUGUGUGCAGCUUUUGUGUUGUUUGUAAGAAGAAGAACAAUUUUACCGUGUAAUGUCAUAUUUCUAUGAUCAUAUUUUUAACCUGAUUGUGAGCUCGAUGUAGAGCAUCAUUAUUGAAAGCAGACCUCUUGGUGUAAGUACAUAUAUUGUUAUUCGUUAUCAGUUAUACUUGUGUUCAAUAUUAGUUUCAUUGAUUAUAUUACAUAGAUAAAACAGUUCCGCUGUGUUAUUCUUAACCCAUCAGUUAUAUUGUUCGAUCCAAACAGGGAUAAUUUUAUUUUCAAUACUUCUGAUCUAGUAGCAACAGGGAAAUCCAAUUUUGAAGAUGCAGUUAAAAUAGCAAUCCUAUUAAAUAUCAUGGGUCCAGAAGCUAUCUCAAUAUACAACACCUUUAAGCUGCCCGAAGCAGAAUCCAGAAGUUAUGAAGCAGUUGUAAAGGCAUUCGAGGAAUAUUGUAUCCCCAGGAGAAAUAGGAUAUAUGAAAGGGUUGUCUUCAAUAGCAGAUGCCAAAAGGACGAAGAACCUUUCGAACAGUUUUUCAGUGAUCUGAAGAAGCUAAUAUCAAGCUGUGAGUAUGGCGAUCAAGAAGAUUCUAUUUUAACAGAUAAAGUAGUAUUAGGAAUUGCAGACAAUAAAGUGCAAGAAGCUUUAUAAAACAUAAACGAUCUCAAACUGAAUAAUAGAGAUAUGUAGGAGUGCAGAAGUCACGAAAAGGCAAGUAAAAUCAGUAAGAGAGAGAGAGAGAGAGAAGUUGCUAUGGAUUUCAUAAGAAAGAAUAGAGAGGAGCAUAAGACACAAAGUCAGAAGAAAGUCUGUGGGAAAUGUGGUAGCAUACAUGAAUAUGGAAGAUGUCCAGCAUAUGGUGAACAAUGCAAUAAGUGCAAGAAGAUGAACCAUUUUGCAAAGGCUUGCGAAAUCAGGACAGUCAAGCAAGUAGAAAUAGAAGAAGAAGGGGAGAUGUUCGUUGGACCAGUAGUAAAAGUGCAUUCACUAAAUAAGGAAACAUGGACAGAAUUAUUGGAAGUCAACGAUAGAAAAAUAGAAUUUAAAUUGGAUACAGGUGCAGAGGUGAAUAUUCUUCCAAUAUCAGAAUUGAAGAAUUUUGCACAUAAUAAAAUGAAGAAAACUAACAUGAUGUUGGAAGCAUUUGGGGGCGAAAAAAUCAAACCAUUAGGCCAAGUUAAUUUAAAUAUCAAGAUCAGAGAGAAACAAUAUACUAUAGAUUUUGUUGUUGUAAAUGGAUUGGUGAAACCCAUUUUAGGUUUAAAAGCAUGUAAACGUUUAGGAUUGAUAUCAAGAAUAGAUUCAGGGUCAGAUGUUGAACAGUUCCAGUCAGAUACAGACAGUUAGUCAAGCGUAGAAGUCGUAGAGGCAACGUUGUCUAAACCUCCCACCUGAGCUCAUUCGUCACGUAUACGGCCAU